AGUGAUAAAAUAAUAUCUGCCAUAUUGAAAAGCCAAUCAGAAGCUGAGGAUAGCUUUGUUACACUAGAACAGGCUGUUUUAAAUUCGUGCAAAAAGAAUAAAGAAGCUAAGUUUGAUGCUGACAAAAAACUAAUGAGCGCUACUCCACGUCGAGAAACAUAUACUGUUGAUUCCCCAAUGACUUGUUUAUUAGCUAAUAAACAAGAAUCGAUUAUUAUGUCAGCAUCUCCAGUUCUGAAGGAAAUUUCAUCUGCUGAAGCCCGUUAUAUUACAGUUAACAGAGGCUCGGAGCGAAAGUCAAAAUGUGUUAGCUUUGUUACUCCAUUGAGGAGAAGCCCGAGGAUAGCCUCACUUUCUUCACCAAAUUAUACAAGUGUAAAAGACAGGCCCAAAACUCCUGUUCCUUCGAGAAUGUCGUCUGCUAAACGAAAAGUUAAUUUUGCAGAUAUUUCUGAUGAUAAUGCAGAUUUAGACAAAAAUAAAGGCAGCGGUUUAAGACCUAAAGUUAAACGGCCAUCAACUCCUAUGCCGAAGAGAAGAAAGACUGUAGACGGUUCAGAUUUUACUAAAGAUUUAACACCUAACUCGGGGUCAACUGUGAAAAUGGCAAUUGCACAACAAAAAACUCCUAGCUCUAUUAAACAAGAAGAUGCUGUAUCACCUUCAAAAUCUGGAAGUCAUAAGAAAGUAAUUCUGAAAAUGACUGAAACCCUUAGUAAACAAAAAGAUGCUGUACUGACUUCAAAAUCUGGAAGUCAUAAGAAAGCAGUAAUGAAAAUGACUCCAAAUUUCAAAAAGAUACACGAGAAAGCUUUUGAGAAAAUGGAAUCUAUUGAAGAGUAUUCAAAGAGGAAGACUGAACAUUCAGCUAAAAAGAUAAAGGAUCAGAUUUCUUUACAAGAGAAGCUAAAAUCUCAUCAAAAGAAAAAAGUUCAAAAAAAGGGGAGUAAAAUUCCGAAACCAUUUGCUGGUAUUCCUUUCAUUCCUUCUAUAAAAUCUACCAGAAGGAUGAAUUUAAAUUUUGGAUCUUCAGGCACUUCAAAUGAGAAUGCCAAGAGGCCAGCAGAAAAAAUCUCCCAUUCAGUAAAUAAGAAGCUAAUUGAAAAUACUUCAGAUUCCCAAAAAGUAGCUGCUACUGGAAAUAUUUCCAUGAAUAGGAAAAGCAAGUUUGAUCUCAAAGCAAGUCUAUCUAGAAAACUUCCAUAUAAGCCCUACACUGGGCCUUUAAAGCCUUUAACAGAAAAUAACUUGAAUUGCAGCAUUCAGCCUAAAGAAGUUAUUCAACAGAAAAGGAUUGAGUCGAGGAAUGUAUUGCGUGGAGUGCGAAAAAAUAAGAGAUUUGAACUUCAAAUGAAAAAUAGAAAUGUUUGAUAUUUUUCUGUUGUCUUUUGACACUGCUAGCAUGUAUAUGCACACAUAUUGUAUGUACAAUAAAGUUUAUGGUAAUUUGUUUCACUGUGCCACCAAGCAACGCAAUGGUUUUAUAACUUUGUUUCUGUAAAUGUUUUAAAAUAAAAGUAAAAAUAUAUGUA